AUGGGAAAGCCCUCUGAAAAGGAGCUAGUCAGACUCUGCAUAAAAAGCUGCUUUGGAGCGCAUGCACAGGGCUAUGCACAGGAAGGCCAAAGAAACGCGCUCUGUUCUAAGAAAGCACCAAAUAAAAACGACAUUUUACAGUGCGGCUAUUUAUGCCUAGAAAGAGCCCGGAAAAGGCAGGCCUGUAUAGAAGAGCUUGCACACGCACCGAAUGCAAGCGGGCGUGCAGGGGAAAGGCCAUCCGGUGGCUUAUUUAGAGCAUUUGUACAGGCAGACUCUCUGCUUUUCAGUAGAAAAUAG